AUGCCCAAACGCGCACAUUCAAUUGUAAUAGACCGUCGACCCCGCGGUGAUUAUGGCCGCCGCGAUGACUAUGGUCGCCGUGAUGAUUAUGGCCGCCGCGAUGACUAUGGCCGCCGUGAUGACCAUGGCCGCCGUGAUGAUUAUGGCCGCCGUGAUGACCAUGGCCGCCGUGAUGAUUAUAGCCGCCGUGAUGACUAUGGCCGACAGGAUGAUCGCCGUGACGCACCCGUGCGCCAUGACGAUGGCCGCGAUGAGUUUGGCCGGGAUGUCCAUGACCGCCGUGGUGGUGACGAUCGCCGCGACGAUGACCGCCGUGGUGGCGACGAUCGCCGUGGUGGUGACGAUCGCCGUGACGACGACCGCCGUGGUGGUGAUGAUCGCCGCGACGAUGACCGCCGCGACGACGACGACCGCCGCCGUGAUUAA